AUGGCUGCUUGUCUUGAGGCAGCAAAGGAGGCUUGCAUUAAGUUUGCAAAGGGAAAAUGCAUUGGACCAUUCCGAGAUGCAAGGAUCGCCUCUGAGGGUCUCCUGGAAAAUACAGAUUUUGAUGUCUGGGGCGCUGCUGCUGACAAAACAACAUCAACAUCAUCAAGUGCUGUGAACAAUCAGCAGUGGUUUAGCCCUGAUCCUGGUGUGACGAACUACAGAGGAAGUGAUGUGCUUGAUAGCUUGUCAUCGAAAGAAAGCAACAGCUCUGGAUGA